UACAUAAAUAUUCUAUACAAUUUUAGUUACAAUAGUUUUCAUGGUAAUUUAUUGGUUAUGCUUGCUGCAGUGAAAAAUCAGUUUCAGAGUUUUUUUACAUCAGGCAGUAACACAAAAACACAAGCUAAAUGCACUUCCAAUAAAAGAAAAAGAAGUCAUUCAAAUAUGAAUCAAACAGUUUCUCCUCCAGAUAAGCGUAAAAAAUCAACCGAUGAUAAUGAUGAAAACAAUAUCGUUCCUACAUCUAAAUGGAUCUUGAGCAAUUUAUGGAAAUAUGUAACUGGAGUGCAUCCGGUAGAUCAUCAAAACCAGCGUGCAAAAAAUUUUUCAGAAAUUUUAAAAGUAAAUGAAAAAUAUACCGAUCUUUUAUCACCUCAAUGUACACAAAGAGGUACUUUUUCUCAAAUAUCCAAUAAAAGUACAUUGGUUUUUGAUCUUACAUAUGACAACGAUGUAAUAGAAACCAUUGAAAAUGAAGAUAUUUUUGAUUUAUCUAAAGUAUCAAUUAAUAUUAGUGAUAUUCAAUAUCCAAAUGAUCAAACUUUAGGUUCUUUAUGUCGUAAAGAAAAUAAUGAGAAUUUCAUUCGACUUGAGGAAAAAAGACGUUAUAAAGAAAUUCUUGAAAAGUUUACUUCGGUUUACACCUUUAGUAAUCGGGAUGUUCAUCAAGAAGUUGUAAAUAUUUCAGAAAUAAACGAAUUUGAUUAUUCAAAUAAAAACUUAAAGUUUGAAAAAAUUGAUUUGACAUUAAAAAAUGUGUGCAAACAAAACCGAAAUGAUUUCAAAAAAAUAAUACCAAAAUCAGUUACAUCACCAAUCUCAUCAAUUACAUCACCAUUUCCGAUGUGUUCUACGUCUAAAAAUGAAGAAAUUUUGAAUAUUACGAUUGAAGAUGAUGCUUUAAAAACAAACCAAAGCUCAUUACUUGAUCUGUGCUGGAUUAAAAAGUGGAGAGAGAAUUUAGACCCAAUUACCUUAGAGCGAGAGCGACAAAUUAAAGAGGAAGAAAGGAAAGUUGCACGCAUAAAACAAAAUAAAGAUGAAAAAUUUGAAAAGUUUUUAAAGAAUUUAGAUGCAAAAAAUGAAAAUGAAUUUCCUAAUUUAACUAAUGAUAUGUUAAAAAUUAUUAAAAGAGUACUUUCUCACGGUCCUCCAAAUGAAGUAAUAACUUGUGGAUUUGAUGCUAAUAUAACUCGCGCUGACCUGUCAACACUUCGAGAUUCAUGUUGGUUAAAUGACGAAGUAAUUAAUUUUUAUUUUAAUUUGAUACGCGAACGCAGUGAAAAAAAAUCUAAUAUACCAAAAAUUCAUAUCUUUAAUACUUUUUUCUAUCCAAAACUAGUUAAAACUGGGUUUGCAGGUAUUAAGCGAUGGACCAGAAAAACAGAUAUUUUUUCAUAUGACAUGAUUCUCAUACCAAUUCAUCUAGGCAUGCAUUGGUGCUUGGCAGAGAUAAAUUUCACUAAUAAACAACUUGUAUACUACGAUUCUUUAAAAGGUAACAAUAUGAGUUGUAUAAUUGCUUUGAAAGAUUAUUUGCUUCAGGAAUCAAAAGAUAAAAAGAACGAGUGUUUUAAUUUUACUGGUUGGCAAGAGUUGAUGCCAAAAGAUAUACCAGAACAGAUGAAUGGUUGUGAUUGUGGAGUAUUUGCAUGUAAAUAUGCAGAGUAUAGAAGUCGAAAUGCAAAGUUUACUUUUUCACAGGAGAACAUGCCCUACUUUAGACAACGAAUGAUUUAUGAAAUUACCAGUAAAAAACUGCUAUGAAGUAUUUAUUGCAUGAAAUAUUCGCUAUUAAAAUAUGAAAAAAUAAUAAUUUUAAUAAGAUAUGUGUUAUUAAAAUAA